AAAACGAAGCUGCAGCCCGCGCGCCUGGACGGCCGUUGGUGGGAUCGAGUCAGCGCCGGUUGAAAAGAGGCGGGAGGCCGGAGCAAAGGUGCUAUAGCGGAUGUUUGGGCGGGAGGCCGUUUGUUUCUGUCUGUCCCCAGUGCAUUAGGAGCUAAACCCUGUCGGUGGUUUAGCGGAGUAUGAAAUGAAUGGAACACUAAUCCCAAACACACCUUUUGCUGUGGAUUUCUGGCAGAUUCGGAAAUGCAGCCACGUCCGUUUGUUUUUCCUCUCCCACUUGCACAGUGAUCAUACAUCUGGUCUUUCUUCUACCUGGAGCAGAUCCAUAUACUGCUCUCCCAUUACUGCUAAGUUGUUACGAUGGAAGUUUCAGGUCGAGGAAACAUUGAUCCACCCACUCGAUGUAGGAGAAAGUCACCUCUUGUAUCUUGAUGAAGUUGGAAAAGAGACCAUGACCGUGACUUUGAUUGACAGCAAUCACUGCCCUGGUUCUGUCAUGUUUCUGUUUGAUGGAUACUUUGGUUCCAUUCUAUACACAGCGGAUUUCCGUUACACACCCACCAUGUUCUGCAGCUUGCCAUUGAGCACAAGGAAAAAAAUAGAUGCUCUAUACCUGGACAAUACAAAUUGUGAUCCUGAGUCAGUGCUGCCUUCCCGUCACGAAGCAACCGAACAGAUCAAAGAAAUAAUCAACAGUCACCCAGGACAUGAUAUUGUAAUUGGUCUCUAUAACUUGGGGAAAGAAUCCUUAUUAGUAGAGUUGGCCCUGACCUUUAAAACUUGGAUAGUAGUGAGUCCUCGAAGACUUGAGAUGUUUCAACUGCUGAAACUGAGCGAUGUGUUCACUUCAGAGGUGGGGACUGGAAGAAUCCAAGUGGUAGAUCAGAACGAAAUUAAUCGAUUUAAUAUGAUUAAGUGGAAUCAGCUCCAUCCCACGAUUGCUAUUGUCCCUACAAGCCGCAGAUUCAAAGUCUCGCACAAAGAUAUUCAUGUGGUUCCUUAUUCGGAUCAUUCCUCCUUUCAGGAGUUGCAAGAAUUUGUGUCCAGACUGGAGCCUUGUUCCAUUAUGCCCAUAGUAAAAAGAAAGCCGUGUCAAGUAUACUUCUCCCAGUAUCUUAGUUCAAAUGAUGAGUCGCAGGUAAUCCAAAUUCCAGAAACAGUAGAAAGAUAUAUGAAGAUGAAUUUGAAACACAAUGAUAUGCUGCCUCGUCAGUUCUUGAAACCCAGAGCUCUGGAUAUUCCUCGCGGUGUAGUGUUUGAGGCACCACAACUUGACUGCAUUGGAGAAGAACUGAGUUGUAACAACAAUGAGCAGGAAAUUUAUAAACAGUUGAAUACUGGCAACAAGCAGUUGUCAGAAAUAUAUAUUUGCCAAGACUGGAAUGAAGGCAACAGUCCAAACAGAGAAGGACAGAGUUCUGAAUUCAAUAAAGAUAUAGUUUUUGAAAAACAGUCUAACAAAGAACACAGCUUAUUAAAGCAAAACAUCAAAGUUCCCUUGCCCACAGAACAGAAAUCCAGUUUAUGCUUAUUGGAUGUUCCAGAAUACUUAAAGAUAAGAAAUCCAUUAAUGCUGAAAAAAUGGCAUCAUGGGAAAUCUCCAUAUUAUCAUUUAGGAAAGCAAUCAAUAAGAAACUUUAACCCAGCCUUUGCAAAAUCAUCAAGACCUUCGCAAUUGCCAGGAAGAAGCACAAAAUCAUCAUUUGUAACAAUCAAAUCUUUUUUCGAGUCAAGAAUUUGUAAGGACCAACGGAAUGCAGGGCAAAUCAAAUCUGAAGAAUUGGAGUGUGUUUCAAUUGUGCCAAGUAGUAGCACCUCUAAACUCAAACCCAGUUUUACUGAUACAAGCCAGAGUCAACGUUAUGCAAGCCUGAAAUCUUUUGAUGCUGUUGUUGAACAAUAUUUUAAGAGGAGGCAUAAACUAACUGCGAGAAACCCAUUGAACUAGAACACGAGAACAGCUGCAUUAUAAUGGCUAAUGUAGGUUUGAAAUGAUUUUUAACAACUAGCACUUUAUGAACGUACAGUUAUUCCUCAUUCACAGCGUCGGGGAACUUCCCAAUGGUUUGUGUGGCUAGUAUGUUAAAUAUAGCUUUUGAAAUGUCUCAAGAAGAGCAGUCCAGUAUUUCAAAACUGACAGAUUGUUCAAGAAAGUUUGAGCAUCUUUCCAUUCAUUAAAUCUUAUAAGUACUCUUGUAAAUGUGACCACUUUAGAGCAUAACUCUGCUUCCCAUUCCAUCUUAUCCACUUAUCAUUUCUCAAGGUGACUAUGUAAAGACAUUUAGGUAUAUAAAGAGGGAAAUGAAGCCUAAUGUAUUCCAUUUGUAUCAUUAUUUCCCUUGCACACUGUGCCAACAUACUGAUGUCAUGUAUAAUGGUGAAAUUAUAAUGGGUUUUAAAUUUGAGUUUGUCAUCAGAAA